GGGCACACCCCCUUCUUUUCAAGGCAAGCGAUGGACCGGUUCCCUGAAGGGUUUGCUGCAGGUCAAGGGCGGAGGCCCUGUUCUACUUUUUCUUCUCACACUCUUUCUUUUCUUUCUUUCCUUCCUUUCCUUCCUUUUCCUUCUUCUUUGUCUCUGGUUCCUCUUUCUACACUCCUCUCGUUCCUCGCCUCCCCCGCCAGCUGUUUGGUGCCCAUUGCUGAUACUUCGCUACAUUAAUCCCUGUUUGAAUAUUUGAAUACCCGCGUUCGGAAUGGAGCACGUUUCCAAGACCACGGACGAGCGUCCAGAGCUGACCAACCUCUCCACCUUCUCAUCUGUCCCUACUGCCGGUAAUGCCCCCGAGCUCUCUGUCGCCGAGGCACCAACUCCUCAGGAGCCCCUUCCGCUGCCUUCGUCAAAAUCAGGCAUCAAGCAACGUCUGCAACUCUCGCAGAAUCGCCUGCUCUCCCUGGACUUGCUGCGAGGACUCGCCAUCCUUAUCAUGAUUGUAUGCAAUGCACAAAUUGGCGACACAGUCUUUUUCAUCCUUGAGCACCCGGCAUGGAUUGGCUUCACUAUCGCAGACACGGUCUUCCCCAGCUUCCUUUUCAUCACCGGUUGCACCAUGCCACUGUCAGUGCGCGCGGACCCCAAUCCAGGACCAGGUAGUCACUAUUAUAGGAGCCAGGCCCUCCGAGUCUUUAAGCGAUCCGUUAUCAUCUGGCUGCUGGGAGUCGUCCUCAACCUCUAUGGACUGGUUCAGCUCCACGUAGGUGCCGACAAGUUCCGCUGGCCCAAUGUCCUAAACCGUAUCGGUUUCUGCUACUUGAUUGUCGGCUGGAUGCACGUCCUUGUCCUUGCGCGCGGAAGAAUCCCAGAGAAACCAUUGUCUUCCUCCUACCUCUACUCGUUCAACCCACAAACCAACGGACCUCAAGCGCGCCCCCUCGGCUUUGAGGCAGACGCCAAGAAGGAUUAUAUCGAGGACAGUAAAACGGCUGACUCCGAGUCAGACCAUAACGAUAGCGGUGCCUGGUCGUGGUUCUUGCGGGUGACCCUCCCAUAUUACUUGCCCGCUUCGUGCUUGUUCAUCUGGCUCAUCUGUACCUAUACCGUCCAGGUCGAGGGUUGCCCCGAGCGGGCCAUGAUCCGUGACCCCGCAUGCAGUCCUCAGGCCUACUUUGACCUCAAGGUCUUUGGCACGGCUCACACGUACCGCCACCUGAACUUUGAUCCCGAGGGCUCUCUCUCGACCCUGACUUCAAUCUUGAACGUCUGGUUUGGAUGGUUCAUUGGAUGCACGGUCCGAUCACUCAACGCUCAGGUCAAGCAGACAACCAAUGAUUUUAAGGCCUGGCGCGAGGCACGAGGCAAUGCCGAGGACCAGGAGUCGCUGGUGCAGGAUGUCCUCGAGCAGGAGAUGAUCACCAGGAUCUAUAACGAACACUUGAGCCAGUGGUUCUGGUGGGGCAUCCUCUGGAUGUUUACAGGAUGGGUCUUCAGCUUGGGUCUGCCUCUCUCCAAGCCCAGCUGGACUGCAACGUAUGCAGUUCUGGCCGCUGGCGUCUCCCAGACAGUCCUCUCCAUCCUCUUUUACAAGUUUGAUGCCCAGCCCAAGACCAAGCGCCUGGUGCAAGUGUACCUGGAGCAUCAAGGCUUCCGUUCCAACAACCAGCUAUCACGCCACUAUCGCCAUCGCGACACGGAGCAGGGUGUGUCUGUGCCUGCUAGAACAAGAACCAACUACUCGAGCGCUCUGAAUAUGUACUACAAGGUCGACCAUUUUCUCCGUCACUGGUUCCGCAAGGCCAUCCUUGUGGUCUUGGGCAGCAUGGGUCGCAAUGCAAUCCUGAUGUACAUGUGCUCGGAACUCGUUCAGGGAACGUGCUCGCUCAUUCCCGGUGGCACUGACCCGGCCACAGGCGAUUCAUGGGACCUGUGCACUUCUGCCUUUAGCCACACCUGGGGCGCGCUCGAUAUUGGCGGAUGGGGAUCGCUAUUCUAUUCCUUGGGCUUUGCUGCCCUCCACGUUCUUUUGGCCAUCUUUCUGGAUUAUAAGAAGUGGUACUUUAAGAUCUAAACGGCAGUCAGCCUUCCAGCCUUCCUGUACAUUUGCACACCGUUACAAACCAUGCCUUUAUAUCUAUCCAUACUCAAUUUUAAUAAAUAAAUAAUGAUAGCUGAUGUUUUUGUUAU